UCAGCGUAAAGAAGCUGAAGAGUGUUUUCACCGGCAUAUUUUGUGGAAGUUUUACAGGUAGUCUUAAUGCUACAUAAUAGUCACUCUCUACGAUGUGUCACUCAUUGCUCUCUUUUAUUUUUUCUGUUAGAGGUCACCUCAGACAGAUGCUGCUCCAAAUAUUUAUUUCAAAGCAACAGAUCUAAGAAAAGAUAAGCCUUGCAGGGUCUAUCGCAGCAUGUUAAACCUCCGUUGAAGAUGGCUGUUUGAAUUAAAAAAAGAGGUCAUUUUGUAUCUGCAAGAAAACCCUAAGAACACGAAUUUUGUAUUUUUGUGUUUUCACAAUGGUUUUGACGAAUACAAGAAAGUUCGGUUUCUCUUUCUUUGUGCAACUACCUCACACGGACAUUUUGGAAAAUCUUCAUGAAAACUAUUUUUUCUUCAAAGAAUUAGCUGAGCAUGGUAUCUGGUUUUCUACUAAAUACCUAUGAUUUGGUAAAAGCUUUACGCUAAUAGAAGGAAUUCUUUGUCAUAGGUGCUCUCAUCGUAGGCACAACCGUAUAGGAACAGCAAAUAUUGAGCCGAGCCUGGCUACCUGUGAAGGUUGGCCCGGCUCGGCCACUGGUCACUCGGUGGCGGUAGACUAUGGCUUUAGAGCGGAAGCGUUCCACCAAACGCAGUGGUUCCCGCUACUCCGGUAAGAAACGUCCGCCGGUCAACAAAUGCAAGACGUGCUGCCGCAAGUUCACGGCCUUCAUGUUUUCGCAUGUCGGUUUAUGUGGCCUGGUGGUCGGCUACACCAUCAUGGGCGCUUUCGCGUUCCGGGCGCUGGAAGCUCCCUACGAGGAAGAAAAGGCGGGGGAAGUGACAGAUAUGAGGCAGAAGACUGUGAGGCGGCUGUGGGACAUCACUUAUGACUUGAAUGUGCUCUAUAAAGACAACUGGACUCAUCUCGUAGCUGCAGAAAUUAAACGGUUUCAGUCAGACUUGAUAGCGGCUGUUAAGGACGGGUAUGACGGGAAGGAGUUAGGGGCGGUUCAGCAGUGGUCCUUCUCUGGAGCUUUCUUAUAUUCUCUCACAGUUAUCACUACUAUAGGUUACGGAAAUAUAGCACCAAGAACAAACUGGGGAAAGCUGGUGACCAUAGUAUACGCCAUUGUGGGCAUUCCGUUGAUGUUGCUUUAUUUGACCAACAUAGGAGAUAUCCUCGCCAAGUCUUUCAGGUACGUCUAUGGGAGGAUGUGCACAUGUAAGCCCAGUGAUCCUUACAGAAGAGGAAGAAACGUCGAAAACUACAGAGUUCAGCAUGUCGUUGCGCAUAACUCCCCUGGUAGACAGAAUGCUCUAGAACCCGGUGUUCAGGAUAAGCUUCACGUCCACCCUGAAGACGAGGUUAGAAUUGAAGCUAUCCCUAACGAGCUCCAUGAAGACCUAGACUACCAGAAACCUCGAGUGUCUGUACCUAUCACGCUUUGUUUAGUAAUUAUGGUUAGUUAUAUAUCUGGAGGAGCAGUGAUCUUUUCUCUAUGGGAGGGAUGGGGUUUUUUGGAUGGGUCCUACUUCUGUUUUGUUACCCUUAGCACCAUUGGGUUUGGUGACCUGGUACCUGGUGACUCCGUGGUCAGUGAUCGGGGAUCUCAAGAGAAAUUGGUCAUCUGUUCACUUUACCUAUUGAUUGGCAUGGCAUUGAUCGCCAUGUGCUUUAACUUAAUGCAAGAGGAAGUCAUCAACAAGGUACGAAACUGUGGCCGGAGGGUAGGAAUCAUUAAAGACACCGAUGACGACGAUGACCUUGCGUGAUAGAAAAUAUGAAUUGGAAGAUAUUUAUAAACAACAACAUUAAACUAUUUACUAGUAGAAAUAUAACUUUUAUUGAAGGAACUGCAAGUAUAAGAAAUUGAAUAAAGUACCUCAUUCAAGAGUUUUUUUGUUUUGUUUUGGAGACCAAUAGAUUUUUUUCCCACACCCACGGUGUGAUAUAAUAGAAUAACUGAUUGCAGGUUGCAUACACAUUCUUGCAGAGUUGAAACUGUAACGAUCUGGUGUAACUCUUCGAUUCAGAAGUGUAGUUUAGGCUUGGAACCAACAGGUGCUCAGUUUACAGAAUGUGACAUUUUCUUCCAGUGCUAAGUCCUAGAUGUUCUCACUUGAAGGAAGAAUGUCUGACCUUUAUAGAGAAUUCGCGUAUUUCGUCGUUCAGUGGUACUCUGUUCUUGUUUCUUAUGUGGUAUGUUGGAAACGUUAGGGUAUUUCGUUGUAACCACUUUCAUCUGUAUAAAUGGUUUAAGAUAUACCAUGUCUUUUUCAAUGUAUUCUUAUUUGGAAUUACUACAUUUGGAACUCGCUGAGCUCUUCGUUUAUGUGAAAGAACAAAACAAAAAUAGAGCGAUCUUUUUCACACUUUGCAUCCGGGGUUUCAAAGUUUCAAGUAAAGUUUGGCUGGGGUGUCAAAAUAAAUUCUGAGUGAUUAUAGUAUAAUUCAAAAUUCUAUGUAUUUUAUAUCAACCUCGCGUUUUCAGUAAAGUUGUCAUGCAA